AUCCGUUCUCCCCUAACUUGUAUUAGAUCAGUUACCAAACAAGUGGAGGGAAAUGGUGAGAGCCGAGGUUGCAGCCGCACCCAAGCCAGAUCACUACGAUAGAACAAGUGAAUUGAAGGCUUUUGACGACACAAAAGCCGGUGUCAAAGGGCUAGUGGAUGCUGGGGUUACAGAGAUCCCUCGUAUAUUCCAUUUACCACCGGAGUACAGCUUCAACAAUAACUCAGUUUCUGAUCAUGACAAUCAGUUCACAAUUCCUGUCAUAGACUUCGAAGGCAUUGAAGAAGAUGUAACAAAACGCAAGGAAGUUGUGGAAGCGGUUCGUGAUGCAUCGGAGACAUGGGGUUUCUUUCAGGUGGUGAAUCAUGGGAUCCCUGUGGGUGUUCUGGAGGAGAUGAAGGAAGGGGUGCGGAGGUUCUACGAGCAAGAUACUGAGAUUAAGAAAGAGUACUAUACCCGUGACCUCAUGAAAGCGGUUGCGUACAACUCCAACUUCGAUCUCUAUAGUGCACCGUCUACCAAUUGGAGGGAUACGCUUGCGUGUUCCAUGGCUCCUAAUCGCCCCAAGUCAGAACAACUGCCAGCUCCGUGCAGAGACAUACUGGAAGAGUACUCCAAGCAAGUGAUGGAGUUGGGGAUUUCAUUGUUCGAACUAUUGUCUGAGGCUCUUGGGCUAAAUCCAAAGCACCUAAAUGGCAUUGAUUGCGCUGAGGGGCUCCUUAUCCUUUGCCAUUACUAUCCGGCUUGCCCACAGCCAGAGUUGACAUUGGGCACAACUCAGCACGCUGACGAUUCCUUCCUAACUGUGCUUCUGCAAGACCAUAUUGGUGGCCUCCAAGUUCUUCAUCAGGACAAGUGGAUCGACAUCCCCCCCGUGCCUGGGGCUCUUGUUGUUAACGUUGGAGAUCUUCUACAGCUUAUAACAAAUGACAGGUUUAAGAGCGCUGAACACAGAGUCGUAGCAAGCCGGGCAGGUCCAAGAGUGUCUGUGGCAAGCUUUUUCUGCACAGCUUAUCUGCCUACCGGAAAACUUUAUGAACCCAUCAAGGAGUUAUUAUCAGAAGACAAUCCUCCAAAGUAUAGGGAAACUACAAUAAGUGAUUACUGUGUCUACCUCAAAACAAAGGGCCUUGAUGGGACUUCUGCACUUAAGCAUUUCAGGCUUUGAACUCUUGUAAAGAGAGAUGAAAAAGUACCGUUAGUAUGAAUGUGGGUUUUUUGGGUUGGAUUUCCCAAUUUCCCAAAUUACUUAGUAUGUUUAAUUGCUAUAUUAAUAUCACAAGAAUAAAUGUUAGGGUCCCAAGUCUACUAUAUAAAGGAGUGUUACAAGGGCAGCAACUUUAAUUAUAUGUACUCUAGAAGCUCUUUUAUUAUAUGUAGCCUAUAAACUCAUAUGGCAGUCCAUGCGGCAAUACCGCAUAAAUAAAAAAGAUUCAUACGGACAAA